AUGCAAUCUAUACUUGGGCCUGUUGGAAAGCAGAUAUAUGAGAAGCUCCGAAUCUCUUUUACUCCCAAGUUUCUUGAAGUUGUAUGUGAGAGUCACUUACACAACGUCCCUAAAGGUUCUGAGAAACAUUUUCUUGUGAGGGUUGUUAGUGAUAGGUUUGAAGGGUGCACCACUUUGCAGCGUCAUCGGCUAGUGAAUGAUUGUCUGUCGAAUGAGUUGAAAUCAGGCGUUCAUGCGCUUAGGAUUGAAGCGUUUCCUACUAGUAAAUGGGCUCAGCAAGAUGCUUCUUCUGCACCCACAUGUCGUGGAGGGUUCGGACUAUGA